AGCAAUGCUUGUUUUCUACAGGUGAUGUUUAUGGGUCCAUUGAAGCAUUAGUAGGGAUGUUCUCUACGUUUGAUUCUCAGCUGUGUGAACUACGGGUCGUACAUCAAGAUGUCGGGCCGGUCGGGGAAGCUGAUCUAAACUUAGCAGCGAGUCUAAAAGCUGAUAUCUUUAGUUUCAACGUACCUGUGCCUGAAGAAAUAAAGCUUGAAGCAAAGAAGAAAAAUAUAGUAAUUAAGGAAAAUAACGUGAUAUAUAAAUUAAUUGAUGAUCUCAAAGACAGUGCUAAUGAACGGAUUCCCCCGAUAGAGGAAGAGGAUAUCAUUGGAGAAGCAGAGGUACAAAAAGUAUACGAGUAUAAGUUAAAGGACGGAAAGAGAAAUGUGGCGGGCUGUCGCUGUAUGCAGGGAAACCUUCAGAGGAAACUCAAGUACAAAGUGAUGAGAGACGGAGAGGAGGUGUAUAGAGGUAAACUGGAUUCUUUAAAACAUCACAAAGAUGAAGUGGACACAGUUAGCACAGGCAUGGAGUGUGGAAUGCUGGUCAAAGAUUCUCAAUUUCAGUUUGAGGAAGGGGACCUAGUUCAGUGUAUUGAUACAAAGUAUGUGACAAAAACAGUGGACUGGGCACCAGAUUACUAAAAUUAUUAAACUGCAAUAUUGAAAAUGAUUUUUUUUUAAUUGAAUAAAUAUUUAUGUGUCUACA